AUGCUAUUGGAGUUGGAACAAUUUAUAGCCAGCGCAGACGCCUUCAAUGUGUCCGGUACUGAUGAUCUCUACGUUCUGCAGGAGGAUGGCGUUUCUCCCGAAUCCAAAGCUUUGGUCACGCAGGUGUUGCAAAGAAUCGAAGAUGUGACCGUUAUGUGUGAAAAACAUAUUACGAAUUUACGAAGACUACUAGUGAAGCCAAAUAGACCUAUUCAGUCGGUAUCGCCAGAAGUUGUCACGAACAAUGCUCGCGAAUUAGCCGCCGAAGAGAACCAAAAAGAAUUUAAUUCGUGUUUCAGUAAUGGCUUGGCCGAGAAAAG